UAUUUACAAAUAUUAAUUCGUUCUCAUCUUUUGAGUCCAAAUAGGCAAGUAAAGUUGACAGAUCAAUAGUGAACAAACCGCUGAUCAAGUUUACUUAAAGUGCCAGAGUCAUAUUUCAUAAUACGAGAUAAUACCGCUUGCUGGCAAUGUGGAGUGUGGCGCAACUGUGCCGGUGCUCGGCUCUGCGGGCGCCGGCGCUCGUGUCCGGGGGACGAAAUGGAUUCACACAGCUAGCUGCCCGACAGCUUGUGCCAGUUCGGACUAGCACUAACUUGGGAUGCAACAGAAGCAGAGUAUUUAGGAUAAGCGAGCUCCUAAAGUCAAACAACGUAGUAGCCCGUCUCUGCUCCACUUCACCAAAACCCAAACAAAGCAAGGCAGUUGGCUACUGGCUGCUCGGAUGUUCCGGAAUGGUCUUCACUGCGGUCGUGCUAGGUGGUGUGACGCGUCUCACAGAGUCCGGUCUGUCGAUGGUAACAUGGAAACUGCUAGGGGAAAAACUUCCCACCACCGAGGCGGAGUGGGAGUCAGAGUUUAGCAAGUACCAACAGUUCCCGGAAUAUAAAUAUAAAAACCAACACAUAACCCUGUCAGAGUUCAAAUGGAUCUGGUGGAUGGAGUUUGCGCACCGCACGUGGGGCCGGUGUAUAGGGGCGGCCGUGUUCCUGCCCGCUGCCUUCUUCUGGAUGAAGGGGUACCUAGACAAGGGGAUGAAGGUCAGGGUGGGGGUGUACUGUGCGCUAGUCGCUGCUCAGGGUCUGAUGGGCUGGUACAUGGUUCGCUCCGGUCUCGAAGACCGUUUCCAGGGUCCGUCGGACGUGCCCCGCGUGUCGCAGUACCGGCUGGCCGCUCAUCUCAGCUUGGCGUUUAUUCUGUACGCGGGUCUACUCGGAGGGGCUCUGAGAGUUCUACGGCCAUUCCCGCCAGGCACCUUACAGAAAAUUAAGGAACUAAGAAGUGUGACGGCGCUUGCACAUUCCGUGAAGGCGAUGGCCUUUUUCACUGCAUUAUCAGGCGCAUUCGUAGCGGGUCUAGACGCAGGUCUGGUGUACAACUCGUUCCCCAAAAUGGGUGAUAAUUGGAUUCCGGACGACAUUUUAGCCUUCGCCCCUACUGCGAGAAACUUUACCGAAAAUCCUACCACAGUGCAGUUCGAUCAUCGUGUGUUGGGUACGACAACGCUAGCGCUGGCGACGGCGCUGUUCCUGCAGUCCCGGCGCGCGCCGCUGUCGCCAGUCGCCAGGAGGGUCGCCUGCGCCGUCGGCGCUAUGGCGUGGAUGCAGGUGGGCCUGGGCAUUGCCACACUUCUCCAUUACGUCCCAACCCCUCUAGCCGCGAGUCACCAGUCCGGCUCGUUGGUACUACUCACCUUAGCCAUCUGGCUCACUCAUGAAGUCAAACUGCUCAAAUAUAUACCUAAAUGA